GGAGCUGGAGAGAGCAAAUUACUAAGUAAUUUUACGAGGUCAAUGUUUAUGGCCAUUACAAAAAAUCUGCAGGAAUCGUUGUGCCAAUACGUACUUAUAUCAUUUCGUUAAUUCGAUUUAGUUGGCAAGCUUCAGAAAAUAAACGAUAAUGCUCCGAUUUCGAACCUUCGCACAACACGGGAGGCGUGUCUCCUCCGCCGCUGUGGGCCUCUCAUCUACCACCACCAGUGCCACCCCGCCAUGCCUAAGCUCCGGGCUGGACUGUUAUCGCCUUACGUUAGCGUUAACAAGCCGCUGUCUAUCCACCACUAGUUGUGUUCAUAAUCUAAGCUACCGCCAGGCUGACCCCGCUCUGCCCCUCCUAGGGAAGACCAUCGGUCAGAUAGUGGAUGAUACAACUGAGAAGUUCCCAGACAGAGAGUAUGUUGUCUUCUCCAGAGACAAAGUUAGAAGAACAUUUUCACAAUUUAGAGAAGAGUGUGACCGACUAGCAGCUGGAUUGCUAGCUACUGGAGUUGGUAGGGAUGACUGCGUGGGUAUCUGGGGGCCUAGUACCCUGGAGUGGGUUCUCACUCAGUUUGCCACGGCUAGGAUAGGUGCUAUCCUGGUCAACAUCAACCCAGCGUACCGCCAGGAUGAGCUGGAAUAUGCCUUAAAGAAGGUCGGUGUUAAAACCAUUGUGUCAGCACAGUCUUUCAAAACCCAGAACUACUAUGAAAUGCUGAAUGGAAUCUGUCCAGAAAUGACAACAGCAACACCAGGCAACAUCAAAAGUGAAAAUCUUCCGAUGCUGAAGUCUGUGGUGAUGAUGGGCAAAGGUAACUUCCCAGGGACAUUCAGUUUUGAUGAUGUGAUGGACAUGGGAAAAGAGGAUCAUUUUAAGCAUAUAGAGAAAAUGAAAUCUGUUCUACAAUUUGACCAACCGGUCAAUAUCCAGUUUACAUCGGGAACCACUGGGAAACCUAAAGGAGCAACUCUCACUCAUCACAAUAUAGUGAACAACAGCUACUUCAUCGGCGCUGUUCUGAAAUAUCAUGAACAGGAGCAUCGGAUUGGCGUCCCUGUCCCUUUAUACCACUGCUUUGGAAUGGUAGGAGGGUCUUUGUGUGCCAUGGUCCACGGUAACACGUGCGUUUUUCCCUCCCCAAGCUUUGAACCUGAAGCAAGUCUGAAAGGCAUCCAAGAAGAAAGGAUAACAUCACAGUACGGUACGCCAACCAUGUUCAUCGACAUGCUGAACCAUCCCAACUUUAACCAGUACGACAUGAGUAGCCUAACUACAGGAAUCAUGGCCGGGUCACCAUGUCCCAUCGAAACCAUGAAACAAACAAGAUCACUUAUGAACAUGAAAGAUGUCUGUAUUGCCUAUGGCUUGACUGAGGUGAGCCCGGUGAUCUGCCAGACGGAGAUGCACGACCCAGUUGACCUACGAGUAUCCACUGUGGGAAAACCUUCACCCCACAACGAGAUCAAGAUAAUUGAUCCCCAGUCUGGAGAGUUGGUGCCCUAUAACACCCCUGGAGAGCUGUGCAGUCGAGGUUACACCACCAUGGUGGGCUACUGGAAGGAUGAGGUCAAGACAAAGGAGGCCAUUGAUCAGACUGGGUGGUUUCAUUCAGGUGACAUAGCCACGAUGAACGAAGAGGGGUACAUUACCAUGGCAGGACGGAUCAAGGAUCUAGUGAUCAGAGGGGGUGAGAACAUCUACCCUACCGAGAUUGAACAGUUCCUCUACAAGCAUCCCAAGAUUGAAGAUGUACAGGUGAUUGGCGUACCAGAUGAGAGGAUGGGUGAAGAGUUGUGUGCUUGGAUCAGACUCAAGGCUGGACAGGAAGCUACGCCAGAAGAGAUUAAAUCGUUCUGUAAAGGAAAGAUAUCUCAUUUCAAGAUCCCACGCUACAUUGAGUUUGUGGAUGAGUUUCCUCUGACGGUGACAGGCAAGGUUCAGAAGUUCAAGAUGAGACAGGUCAUGGAAGAAAAGAUGAAAAAGUAGGAUGAAAUCUUUGUUUCCUUCUUGUUUCGUUCCACCGAUGAAUUCCACUUUUAAGAUGCAGCUGGUAAUCUAGAAAAUUCCCCAACCUGUUGUGGGUUAUUUCUUAAACUGUGCCAUAUUUUACAUUUUGUGCGGUAAUAAAUCCAUGUAAUGAUUGCAUAAAGUUUGGAAUCACCCCACUACAUAAGUAACCAUAACCUUAACAAACCUUAAUUAUAACUCUAAUCCUAAUUGGCAACCAUUAUGUGUUCAAUCAAUCAAUCAAUAAGAUAGAAAAGUCCCUAUUUAAUGUCCCAUAUGGCAGAAUUGGCCAUUAUACAUUUCUGCUGUAAAGUCAAUUAUAAUUAUCAAGAGUCCAAGCCCCACUCUCGAUCCCCUACUCCCAACAGAUAUUUUACUUAAUUCAUGCAUCAUGACCACUGAAACAACCAUUGGGAAAGAAAACCAGUGUGAUUUAUGAGUAAAUGGUUUCAAAUGCUUCUCAGUCAUUGAAAUGGAUGAAAUCAUGUCCUGUAAUUCAGAUCAUAUGAUAGAAUGCUUAUGGAUUUACCUUAUUUAAAGUGCCUUCAAUGGCAAAAAAAAAAAAUUCUGCGUGACCCAUAUGGGGUCAGGGUUCAUGACCCCUAGGCUAUGAAAUCCUGGAUCUAAGAUAACAAGGCAUCAUGACCUCAUAUGACCUAUGCUGAUCAAGCUGCCGAGUGCUAAAUUAUAUUGUGAAUAAUCUGAAAUUAUGAAUCAAUUACAAAUAUUAUGUCAUAUUUGUAUGUAAACAGAUACAUAUAUUUUUAAUAGAAAUAUAUAGAAUUUAUUUUGUGUGGUGCUGAUACAAAAGUGUUCAGAGAACUUUUACUAAGAUCCAUAAGAUUUUGAAUAUGAUUAGACAGCCAUGUUUUAACAUUUAAUUACUUGUUCAUUAUGUGCCUGCUUUUAAUUGUACAUAAGUCUUUGUUUUAAAACAUGUUAUGCACAAGCUAGGAACUGCGGAAAUGAGGUGUAUUUUUAUAGCUUUUAUAAAACGAACCAGUCCUUGCACCAUUACAAAAUACACAUAUAUCAGGAAAGAGAUGGGGAAAAAUAAGUUUAAAAUGAUAAACUAUUAACAUGGACCAAGGGUAAAUUUCCACAGUGAAAUAUGCCUAAUUCCUCCCCAA